AAUUUCUUUCUUUUCUUUCUUUCUUUUUUUUUUUUUUAAACCAAGGUGAAUAAAGUUGCUGAAUGGUUAUUUUACUCUCGUAGACAUCUGAACGUUGAGCAAUCCAAAAGUAGAAAACUCCUGUGAUGCAGGGAGAAUGAUUGAAGUGACCAGGCAGAAUGACCUUCCCACUUUGACAGUGCAGAGAGGGUAGCUAAGAGUAGAAAUCUCCCGGUCUCUGGCCAAGGUUUGCAGUCUGGUAAAUGCAGGAUGGUGGAGGAUGUUUGCAAACACAGUACUUAUCUUCCAAGUAGUGGUGUGUGUGAGCAUUUAUGUACAUGUCUGUAUGUCUGUAAAGGCUAGUGGUGCUGCGGUUUGUUGCUUCUUAAAAGUUGUUGUAAAGUUUGCCACCGUGAGGAGGCACACUGAUUUGUCCGUCUCCCCCAAUUAAUUUUCCCUUCCCUGCGUUCGGUGUGCACUUUGAUUUCACUGUUCCAUCAAGGCUCAGAUGGAAAAGCCUUCUUCAGUGAGAAGCUGAAGCUGCUGAAGUUUGUUUGUGGCUUGGCCCAUUUAAUAUGUUCAUUGAGGGGACCCUGCAGAGACAAUGAACAAAUAACCAGUUUUCUUCAUCCGUGGGGCAUUUUGGGAAACGUCUCUCCUGUUUUAACAUGGCAUUUACAUAGGAUCUGUUUAGAGGAAAACAGCAUUUUCUCAUAUUUGCUCAUUAGGGUUUCAUAAUUAUACUCAGGUGUUAGUAUUUCUUACCCGGCGCGAUUUCUCAGGGGGUUUGAAUUAGGGUUAAUGUGAACUGAAAAGGUGGGUUGGGUUUGUUUUUGCCUCGCACAAAAAGCGCUUAGUGGAACUUUCGGGUUUCUGUGUAGAUAAUCUGGGGAUAGCAGUAUGUCUGCGGUGGAGAGGGUGUCAGAGUAAAGAAUUUAGCAGGAACGAAUUUCAUACACACCCCCCGAGAGCCCGGUGCCCAGUUACGCUUCCUCGACGCCGCUUCAUGUGCCAGUGCCCAGAGCGCUCAGGAUGGAGGAAGACUCGAUCCGCCUGCCCGCGCACCUGCGCUUGCAGCCAAUGUUCUGGAGCAGAGAUGACGUAGCCCAGUGGCUCAAGUGGGCUGAAAACGAGUUUUCUCUAAGGCCAAUUGACAGCAACACAUUUGAGAUGAACGGCAAGGCUCUCCUACUCCUGACCAAAGAGGACUUUCGCUACCGGUCUCCUCAUUCAGGUGAUGUGCUCUAUGAACUCCUUCAGCAUAUUCUGAAGCAGAGGAAACCUCGGAUUCUUUUCUCACCGUUCUUCCACCCCGGAAACUCGAUACAUACGCAGCAGGAAGUCAUCCUUCACCAGAACCAUGAAGAAGAUAACGGUGUCCAGAGGACCUCAAGGCCGUCGGCCGAGAACGUACACCAGAACCCUCCCACCAUUGAACUGUUGCACCGUUCCAGGUCGCCCAUCACAACAAACCACCGGCCUUCUCCCGACCCCGAGCAGCGGCCCCUCCGGUCCCCCCUGGACAACAUGAUCCGCCGCCUCUCCCCAGCCGAGAGGGCCCAGGGACCGAGGCUCCAUCAGGAGAACAACCACCAGGAGCCCUACCCGCUGUCAGUGUCUCCCAUGGAGAACAACCACUGCCCACCGUCAUCCGAGCCCCACCCGAGGCCCUCCAGCCCCCGGCAGGAGGGCACGCGGGUCAUCCAGCUGAUGCCCAGCCCAAUCAUGCACCCUCUGAUCCUGAACCCCCGACACUCCGUGGAUUUCAAGCAGCCGCGGCUCUCCGAGGACGGGCUGCACCGGGAAGGGAAGCCCAUCAACCUCUCGCAUCGGGAGGACCUGGCCUACAUGAACCACAUCAUGGUCUCCGUCUCACCGCCCGAGGAGCACGCCGUGCCCAUCGGGAGGAUAGCAGACUGUAGACUGCUUUGGGAUUACGUCUAUCAGUUGCUUUCUGACAGCCGGUACGAAAACUUCAUCCGAUGGGAGGACAAAGAAUCCAAAAUAUUCCGGAUAGUGGAUCCCAAUGGACUGGCUCGACUGUGGGGAAACCAUAAGAACAGAACAAACAUGACCUAUGAGAAAAUGUCCAGAGCUCUGCGCCACUACUACAAACUAAACAUUAUCAGGAAGGAGCCGGGACAAAGGCUUUUGUUCAGGUUUAUGAAGACUCCAGAUGAAAUCAUGAGUGGCCGAACAGACCGUCUGGAGCACCUUGAGUCCCAGGAGCUGGAUGAACAAAUAUACCAAGAAGAUGAGUGUUGAAGGAAGUGAUUCCCGGCUUAGUGGGCCAGCAGCCAAGGGCACCCCCCUCCCUAGGAUGGAUGGGGCAAGAUGAAGCAGAAAAGAAGAGACAUGGAUGUGGCAGUAACACUCCUCUCGCCCAGCGCGAGGGACCCCGCGGAGCACCUUAGACAAACCACUCAGCAAAGGCGGCGCUGGAAUUCUGGCCGAGGGCACCAGCCUGGGACUCGCGUUCAUGGUUCCUCCUCGAUCGGAAUCUCUUGUCUGUGAUUCCUCCCUCUCCCCCUCCACCUGUUGUUAGUUUCAUGGUGUUUUUGUUCUUUUUUUUAAAAAGACCAUGCAGUUUGACUUUUCAUCAUUCAUAUAGGGGAAGACAUCCGAGGCUGUUUUCCUAUGGAAAUACGUAUCUAUUAUAUAUAUAUAUAUCUAUUUUUUGCAAAUCUCACAAAGUGCAGAAGCCCAGCUGGUCAGGAGAGAGAAUAUUUGCAAAAGGGUUCAGGUUCCUCUUGACCCUGCCAUGUGGAUCAGGUUUGUUCCCAUUACUGUUGGGUUUUGGCUGGAAAAAAGAAAAAAAAAAAAAGAUGCUCUUACAAAAGAUAAAGUGAAAAGGAGAGCUCUCUUCUUCUCUCUCUGGCUCCCUUUCCUUCCUGGCCCCAGCUCUGUCCUCCCGCCUCACUGGCUGUUGAACUUCAGAUGCCCUUUCAGCAGAGUUCAGCCUCUUGGAGAGUCUUGGGAAUUUUCGGCACCUGUACAUUGGAAUAUGUGGUCUGGGUGCUUUGCAGCUGGCACCACAGAAAUCAAACCCACAUCCCAACAUCUGGCUUCCUGCCAGAGAGGCCCCAGAGAUGCUGCUGUCCUCUGGAAAGAUACAUGUGAAUCCAGCAGGCCACCCCAACCAGCUGUGAGGACCAUGAGGCUUGGUGGUUCCCUGGAGCAUAAGGCUGUCCAGAUUAUCUGGAAGCCCCAGCAUCAUGGGAUUAGUUUGCAAGUGCUGCAGAGCAAAAAAAAAAAAAAAAAAAAAGACAGCACAAGUCUUAUGGCCCAGAAACUAGAUGACAAGUCUUUGGUGGUGGUGUGGAUUAUCCCAGAGCAGGCUACAGAGGGUCGUCUCUGCUCUAUCCCAAAGGCCAUCUUGCAGUCAGUUUCAUAUCCCCACUUAAUUUUUUCCCCCCAAUUCCUAGCAUUUUUUUUUCAAGUUUCCUGGUCCCCGCGGGACACACGGCAUUUGAGAGGGAGGAUCCAGGAGUGUGUCGUCUCAGUUGUCAGCGGUGUUUGCCAAGCCUGGGCAGACGGGAAAUUCCUCAGAUUCCUCACUUUUUCCCUUUUUCCUUCUUCCCUUGCUGUGUUUCAAAAUGGACUCGUGUGUGGCUCUUUUUCACCUCAAAGUAAGAUCAGUCACAUCUUAUGAGGAAGGUGCCACCUCUUAGUACUUUUGAUGAUGAUAACAGAUAUUUUUAGAAAGCUCUUGUUAGAUUUUUUUUUUUCCCCUUUUCUAGCCACUUAAAUCAAUUCUUCCAAUACAGGCUCGGAAUCCAAUAUUAGGAGUACAGUCUUUUUGUACUGGGAAAGAUUAGACCUGCCUUACAAAGCACCCCCUCCCGGUUUCUCUCCGCUUCUUCUACUCCGUUGGGCAAGCAUCUCGUGGCCCCCAGGGUACGUGUCUGCACCGUCAACAGCACUUGCAGAUGAAGCCAGCAGACCUCCAGGCAUGUCCUCAAGCCAUUUCUGAUGGAGUCAGGCAGGCUGGGGUUGUGGGCACGCAGGCAGGAGGAAUUCUCCCAUCCCCUCCUGUACCCCCCAGCCCUACCAACAAGGGCACCAGCCUGCAGGAAGUGGGAGGGGACAAACAGAUUGACUAUUGUUCAAGGACACUGGAAACGUACCUGCCUCUUAUGCGACCACAGAGAGAUGCAUGGAGGUGGCCAGCCUCCUCCCACCAUCGCACACUCCCCUCUAGUCCACCUUCUAGAAUGCUGGGCCUGAAGUGAGGUCAGGGACCUCCAGUGUGGGCUCGAGGGUCCCCUGGUGAAGGAAGGGUUUGGGCUCAGUCUGCUCGAACGGGGAUGAAACCCAGCGUGCUACAGAUGUCUUUCAAGAGUGUCAGCAGCACACAGGGAUAACCUUCCAGCCUGGAAGGUGACUGAUGUUGGCUCUCAAACGGGAAGAUUAAGCCAAAUACCUGGGGCAGUCACUGAGUUGAAGGGCUGGAGAGAGAGGGUGGAUCAUCACUGCGGCUUUUUGUGUGAUGUGACAUCAGAGACCAGGAUGUGUCGCUGCUCUUCCCUGAGAUCAGAGCAUCUCACUCUGUUCACCCAGGUGUAAGGACUCGGGCUCUUGUGGUCCAAGGAAUCUUAACAGUUGAAUUGUGGAGGGGAAAUUCCCCUUUGCCCCUAGGGUUUCUGUAUUUAAAGCAAUAUCCUCUAAGAGUCUGUAAGACAUAGGCUGGCACCGUCAGCCACUUGGAGAAAUAGAAGGUGUCAACUCCAAUCCAGUCUUUAUUGUCCAUCCGGAUAUUACCGUUACUGGUUUUCUGUUCAUUCCCUUAAUGGCAGAGGUUCUUCUCAUUGGUUCUUUGAGGGAAUCUUUGAGUGAUGCUGACAGUAGGGACACAGCAUAUCCCCAGCAGACCCGAAAGAUUGCAGGUUCAGUUUAGCCAGCUUGGGUGGAGCAUCUGCUCGACCCUGAGUCCCAAGAGUCAGGCACCGUCCUUGCCCUCUGAGCGCACCUCCUUCCUGCAGAAUAUUUCCAGCAUGAAAUGUCUCACUUCAACACUAAGCACUAGAGGUGACGAAAAUCUCACCUGGGACCAAAUUAAGGGUACGUUCAUGGUCGGAAUAGUUGGCCUUUCCUUGCUGCCAUCAUGGGAGCGCUUGGCUUGCAACAUGAGAAACUGGGAAAGGAAGAUGCAGAACAGUGCUGCAGGAGUGACCUUAUCCGCCAGCAGUGUCCAAGGCGGACAUUCUCCCUUGGAUCUUGAAAUUCUCUAGCAUCUUCUUUUCCCUACACCUUGAGGUAGCCAGGGUGUCUCCUUUCCAUCAGAAGAAAGCAGUGGCAAGUGGCUGGACUGGCUCCAGGGGAGUAAAGUUAUCUCUAAGAUCUUUCUGUCCCCAGGUGACUUUGUCUUGCCUGAGGUAGCAUCACGGAUGCUCCGAAUCCUUUGGCGGGUGGGCGUGGCCCCACGAGCAAUGAGGAGUAACAACUAAUGGAUUACUCUCCUUUCAACAGUAUGUUUAGAACCCUCUGCCCCAUUAUCUUCCUACACUGAACUUUGUCCAGAUGAGAAUGUAGAUUUAGCUGAAACUUAAAGGCCAUGACAGGAUGUACCUAAAUGCCUAAGUAACCACCACCUCCACCGUUCACUGCCUAGGGUCCAACAUAUGUUUGAAAAGUUAGCUCUCCUUUUGAAGAAGGGAAAUCUGAGUAUCAGGCCAUGUGACUUGUCCCAGGAGCAGACGGCAUGCCAGGGUCAGAAUUAGGACUGGGAUCCAGCCCCGGUCAUCCCCCCAUCUGACCCAUUCCCACCCAGGAAGCUAAAGAUAAAAAUUUGGGGAAACACACAAAGAACAAAGGGCAGUUUCUUGGCCCAAGCAUUCGGUGCUAGUUUUCACCCACUCAGCCUGUUCCUCUUCUGAGCAGUAAUGAAGGGAUUGAUCCAAGGAGCCGUGGGGGGUGAGCCGAGGGCGGGGGUGGUAACAGUGGUCCCUGCAAACCACAGAAGACUAACCUUAUACUCUUUUGGCCUCAUCUGCAUCAACACUAAACAACUCCCUGAAUCUUUCGCACAUGCCAAGUGGACACUUCACCAUUUCUCUCUGUGACUGCAACCACCUGCAAAUCAGACUGAAUCUAGAAUUUUUUUUUAAUUUCUAAUCUCUUGUUGUUUUAUGAGGUGUGGGGUUUAUAAGGGACUGAAUCAAAUGAAUGUAACAAAAAAAAAAAAAAGAAAAAAAAAUGCCUUUUCUCAGGGCCAGUGAGUUGCAAA